AUGCGAACAGAAGAAGAAGCAGCAGCGCGUCGAGCUGCUAGCGGCUGCGCACUGACAGUGUUGCAUUCCGUGCGAGGGCUGCUGUCAGUCACUGGGAGACCGCCAUGUCCAAAGAGCAACAGACCCCCCGUGAGCCUGAGCAGCUCCGAAAACUCUUUAUCGGGGGCCUCAGUUUCGAGACAACAGAUGAGAGUCUAAGGGCCCAUUUCGAGCAAUGGGGAGCUCUUACAGACUGUGUGGUGAUGAGGGACCCCAACACAAAGAGGUCGAGGGGUUUUGGGUUUGUGACCUAUAGUUCGGUGAAUGAGGUGGAUGCAGCGAUGGACGCUCGUCCGCACAAAGUGGACGGAAGAGCUGUUGAACCCAAGAGGGCGGUGUCUAGAGAAGACUCGUGCAAAGCAGGCGCUCACUCCACUGUUAAAAAGAUGUUUGUGGGCGGAAUCAAAGAAGACACGGAUGAGGAGCAUCUGCGCGAGUAUUUCGGCCAGUUUGGUAAAAUUGACGAGGUGAACAUCAUGACUGAGAAGAACAGUGAUAAGAGAAGGGGCUUCGCUUUCGUAACAUUUGAUGACCAUGACUCUGUUGACAGGAUUGUCAUACAGAAAUACCACACAGUGAAUGGACACAACUGUGAAGUCAGGAAAGCUCUCUCCAGAGAGGAAAUGAACAGGGUGUCGAUUAAUCAACGAGGCGGGCGAGGAGGAGGUGGUGGUAGUGGCGGUGGCGGCGGUGGAAACUUUGGCAGAGGUGGAGGAUAUGGAGGUGGAUAUGGAGGAGGAAGAGGUGGUUACGGUGGAGGCGAUGGAUAUAAUGGCUACGGAGGGAAUGGCGGCUAUGGUGGAGGUGGACCUAAUUAUGGAGGCAACCGUGGUUAUGGAGGAGGUGGCGGAGGUGGUGGUGGCUAUGGAAACCAGGGUGGAGGCUACGGUGGCAGCGGCGGUGGCUAUGAUAACUACAACAACAAUGGUGGUGGUGGAGGCAACUUUGGUGGAGGCAACUUUGGAGGUGGCGGAGGCUACAACGACUUCGGCAACUACAACAAUCAAUCUUCCUCUAACUACGGCCCAAUGAAGGGAGGAAACUACGGCGGUGGUGGAAGGAGCGGAGGUGGCCCAUAUGGCGGGAUAUAAACUGGUGGAUUUUAUACCUGCAACACAGUAACCGCCAGUACAAAUAGCUGGUGAUCUCGAAGGGUAGCUAAAGACCGAUGCCUACCC